UUGUGGUGAUGUGAUACCACGUUUGCCUAUAUAAACUACACGCAACACAAACAUCAAAAAGUCACAACAAUUCUUUCAUCAACCAAACCAAACCAAAAAAAAAGUUAUCUUCUUUGCUGCGAAUAAUGAGUCCUGUGGCUGAGAACAAAUGGGUUAAGGUGGGCCAGAAAGGAGCAGGUCCAGGACCAAGAAGCUCACACGCAAUCACCGUCGUGGGGAACAAAGUCUAUUGCUUUGGCGGCGAGCUCAAACCCACGAUCCACAUCGACAACGACCUCUACGUCUUCGAUCUCGAGACUCGAGAAUGGUCCAUAGCCCCCGCGACGGGGGUCGCUCCUUUCCCCUGUUUCGGAGUCUCCAUGGUCCCCAUCGGCACCACCAUCUACGUCUACGGCGGCCGCGACGACUCUCGCAAAUACAACGGCUUGCAUGCUUACGACACGGUGACGAACAAGUGGGAGCUCCUGUCUCCCGUCGACGAAGGGCUUCCCGGUCGGAGCUACCACUCUAUGGCCGGCGACGACCGGAAAGUUUACGUCUUUGGCGGUGUUACGGCCAACGGGCGUGUGAACACGCUGCAUGCUUACGACGUGGUUGAUCGGAAGUGGGUUGAGUAUCCGGCGGCUGGGGAGGCUUGCAAGGGGAGGGGAGCGCCGGGGCUUGUGGUCGUGGACGGGAAAGUUUGGGUUUUGUUUGGUUUCGACGGUAAUGAAUUGGGUGAUAUCCAUUGCUUUGAUCUGGCUAGUGGUCGGUGGACCGCCGUGGAGACGACCGGGGAUGUGCCUCCGGCGAGAAGCGUGUUUCCGGCGGUUUCUUCAGGGAAGUAUAUUGUGAUAUAUGGUGGGGAGGAAGAGCCGCAUGUGCUGAUGCAUAUGGGAGCUGGGAAGUUGUCUGGAGAUGUUUAUAGGUUUGAUACGGAGACGUUGGUGUGGGAGAAGGUUUUGGAUGGUAGCACUGAUGAGGGAGACAAGAAGCCGAGCCCGCGCGGGUGGUGCGCGUUUGCUGUUGCGGUGGUGAAUGGUGAGAGAGGUUUGUUGGUUCACGGUGGGAAUAGUCCGACCAACGAGAGGCUUGAUGAUAUGGUGUUUUGGGGUUUCUAGUUUUGUCAUAAUUGUCAGUUAUCAUGAGUGAGUUGCUUUUGUGGCUUUGUCGUAUGUAAACUGAUUAGUGUUUGUUGUUUUAAGGAGUUUGGUGUUUUAAUAAUAAAGAUAUUGUUGUGA